GGGUGGAAUGGGGCGGGGGGCCGCGCCGCGGCGCUGGGAAGGCGCUGCCCUUCGCUCCGCGCGAGGGCCGGGCUUCCCCAGUUCAGACAAGCCCUUGCCCCGCUCCAGCGGCGGCGGGUUUGGUGCGACACCGUCCUGACAUGUUGUAACUGGUUUCCACACCCACCGCGCCUGAGAGCGACGGGAAGUACCUGCGAUGAGCCCAGCGCCGCCUUGACUCGCCGCCGCCGCGAUCGCAGCAGCCGGGUCGAACCGCCCCGCCGCUCCGGAGGCGAGACCCCACAGCGGGGCACCGGCGCGAUAAAUUUCAUCAGCUCAUGAACGGAUGUUUAAAAGACUUCAUACAAAAUAUAUGUGAAAAUGGAAACUUCAUCUUUGCUAUCGUCCUUACAUGAUGAAUGCAGAUCAGACAACUAUAUUGAACCUCAUUACAAGGAAUGGUACCGAGUAGCUAUUGAUGCUCUGAUUGAAGGAGGUUUGGAAGCCUACAAAGAAUUUCUUUCCAAAGAGAGAUGCUCAGAGUUCCUAGCAGAUGAGGAAAUUGAUUAUAUUUUGAAUAAUGUUCACAAACUUCCCCAAAACACAGUUUAUUCCUCUAACCAUGCUAUUGAUGACACCUCUUCCUCGGGAACCUACUGGCCCAUUGAAUCAGAUGUGGAAGCUCCAAAUCUUGACUUAGGUUGGCCCUACCUAAUGCCUGGAAUUUCUGGUGGCACAAAUAUUGAUCUGCUUUUCCAUCCACCGCGAGCUCAGCCUUACACCAUAAAGGAAACUAUUCGGAAGAUGAUAAGAGAUGCAAGAAAGGUCAUUGCCAUUGUUAUGGAUAUGUUUACAGAUGUGGAUAUUUUUAGAGAAAUUGUGGAGGCAUCUGCUAGAGGGAUUGCAGUGUAUCUCCUGCUUGACGAGUCAAACUUCAGUCACUUUCUGAAAAUGACGGAGAAACAAGGCUGUCAAGUUCAGAGGCUCAGGAACAUGAGGGUGCGGACAGUGAAAGGACAAGACUACUAUUCUAAAACAGGAGCAAAAUUCCAUGGAAAAAUGGAACAAAAAUUUAUUCUUGUUGACUGUAAGAAAGUCAUAUAUGGUUCUUACAGCUUUAUGUGGUCAUUUGAAAAAACCAACCUCAGUAUGGUUCAGGUUAUCACAGGACAGCUGGUUGAAUCCUUUGAUGAAGAGUUCAGAACACUAUACGCCCGUUCUUCUGUUCCUAGUUCAUUUGCCCCAGAAUUAGUGCGGGUAAACAGUCGCAGGACACUUUGGGAUAGUGAUACAUACCAACACUCAGUGUCUUCCUUGGCUUCAGUUUCUAGCCAAAGAAACCUUUUUGGUAGGCAAGACAAAGUUCACAAGAUAGAUCCUGUUUGUUGGAAAACUCGUGGAAGAUAUGCAGUAAAUGAAAUAGAUAAAUAUGGUUUGAGAAAUCAAUCCUAUAAUAAACAGCCAUUCCAUCCAGGUUUCAAUAUGCAAAAUCCAAUCCAGCAGUAUCAACCUAGUGAAAAAAAUGAGCACUGGAAGAGACACAGUUAUGCUGGGGAGAAACCAGAAAGAACACCUUACCUAUUGCUCAACAGAGCUAUUAAUAGAGCCAACAAUCCAUCAAAUACUUGGAAAAUGGCAUCUGAUAGCCUUAGUAUUGUUUCUUCAUUACGAGGAGGGUAUGCAAAUAACUACAAUACACCCCAGCAAAGUUUUGCUGAUCAGUUUUCACGACCAAAGGUAAAUCUUGCAGAAAGAAACUCAAUUGUACGGAGGUCUUUUAAUGGGACAGAUAACCAUAUCCGCCAUCUGCAGCAAAGGAUGCCAACCCUCGAACACACAACAAAAUCAUUCCUACGUAACUGGCGAAUUAAGUCAUAUUUGAAUGAUCAGUCAGAUUAUCCAGUAGAGUCUAAUGGGUCAGCCUUGGGUGACAGAUAUGAUAGCUAUGACACACCUGAAAAUAUUAAAGCUCAUGCACUGUACUCUCAUUCUCGUUUACGAUCAUCAUUGGUAUUUCAGCCAACUUUACCUGAACAGCAGGAAGUAAGCAGCUGUGCAAGUUCUUCAAAUUCAACUAUAAUUGGGUCAGAGGGAAGUGCAACACCUAAAGGGACAUCUAAUCAUGCUCCAAGUGUGGAAAAUGGGACAGAUGAUAAUAUUUCAGAAGAGCCUAGCACAAACAUUCCACCUAAAUCAGAUACAUCAAUACCCCCCAGAAUUCAUAUUGCAGACAACACAAAACCUAGUGUAAAUUCAAAUGCAGCAGGUGACUCAUCUGUCUACUUGUACACUACACUGUGUGCAGACAAACAUGCUGAAAACGUGAAGAACCUUCAAAAUGAAAAUAUGCUGAAACGGAGAAGUUUUCCCAUGUUUAAUUCAAAGUCCAUUUUAGACACUGGUGCCAACAAACAUGCAUCCAAUUAUGUUUACAGCACAUUAACUAGGCAUAGACUUAAGCAGCCAGUUAGUCCAAAACUUCCAGAAGACAUGCUGAAGAGCACUAAAAGUUUGCACAGUGUGACAAACCACUUGCCACAGGAGGAAAAGAACCUCAAAGAAGAGCUAAAGAGUCCAACUGCUAGCAAGGCAGUCUCUAUGGCUGCUCUCACUGAUCCUAGCAAGGAGGAGUCUAGUAAGGACUGCACAUCAAAGAAAGAAAGUAAGAGUUCCCCAAGUUUUCUAAAGAAAGGAUCCCAGAAACUGCGGUCACUUCUUAAUCUCACACCAGACAAGAAGGAAAACUUGUCAAAAAACAAAGGUCCUGCAUUUUAUAGAAUGUGUAGUAGUUCUGAUACAUUGGUUUCUGAAGAAGAGAAUCAAAAACCAAAGAUGUCUGAGAAUAAGACAGAUUCUUCCCCAAGGAGAAAGAGAAACACAUCAUCAAAUUCUCAAGGUAGCUUGAACAGAAGUAAAGAAGAUGUUACCGGGAGCCCAACAAAGUCUCCAAAGUCUCCAAAGUCACCAAAACCUCAAAAAACUCCAUCUGAUGAAAGCAAUAAAAAGUGUCCUCUCUUGUGCCCCCUUGAAAGUAAGUUCAUAGAAACUGCAGGAGAUCCAUCUACCCCAAGAUUUAAUACAGAACAGAUUCAGUAUCAAGAUGUAAAAGAAACCACCACAAAUACUACUCCUGAAAGUGCUCCUGUCUCUGCUCUUCAAAGAGCAAGUUCAGUGACACCGCAGCUGGCAAGCUCAAAAUGCCAAGAGGAGCUAAGAUCUCGUUUGAGUGAAAGGCGUGUUUAUAGUCGCUUUGAGCCAUUCUGUAAGUUGGAAAAUUCUAGCCAACCUGCAGGAAAUGUACCCAACAGUAGUUUACAUCUCUCAGAUAUCAAAAGCAAGACCUUAGGGAAUAAUUACGGCAGGAGCAAUCACAUGGUCAGCUACAACUCAACCGCUUAUCAUCCAUUGCAGCCUAAUGAAAAUAAGCUGAGAGGAUUUAUGCAAAAGUUUGGGAAUUUCCUACACAAAAACAAGUAAAACUUUUGUUGAUUAUGUUGAAAUACAGCAAGAGUAGCAAAGCUGUGUAUAAUCUUAACUGGACAAGACUGGUGGGCAACUUUUGUAGAGCUUACUUGGGUUUCUUCUUGGGUCUAGGAUAUUGGAAUGAAUGUACAUAUUUUCACAUAAUUAUCCUAGAAUUGUUAUACUUAAAUCUUUACAGGAAUUCUGAGUCCGGAAGAUGUCUCAAGGGAGUUGUUUAUAGUGUUUAUAUUGUAAGAUUAAUUUUAUACAUUUUCCUUGUGGAGAAAGUAUGUACUAGAGUAUUGUAAGAUCAAGUGUGGGGGAAAAAAAGAUGGAGGAUAUUUUUAAACUUCCAGUAACACUGUUUCCAAAGAUUUGCCCUUUAAAAUUAGAAUAGCACUAGGAAUAGUGGCUUGCAUUUUUUCAGCAUUUAUGUAGACUUUCAAGUGAUAGUCAAAUGUUAACGCAUUGUAUGUUACUUACCUUUCAUUUUUUAAAACCUCUUUUAGGCUUCAUCUUGUUAAAAAUGUACCCCUUAACAUCUAUUGAAUUGUUUGGGCAGCAGAUGGACCUGUCUUAUUUUAUUGAGUUUUGCAAUGUAAUAUGAUAUUUUUCUGAACUAUUUGGCACACAGAUCUGAAAGUGACCUUAAUCUGAGCUUUCACAGACUUGUUUACAUGGUUAAACUACUGUGAAUGUAGAAUGAACAUUAAAAAAAACCUAUUUAUAAAUAAGGUGCCUUGAAUGUAACUUAGUUUAAAUUUCAAUGGGUUAAUUACAUUUUUAUAACAUGCCAGUAUUCUGUAAUGUAUUCUAAAAAUAGCUUUUUGUUUCAUAUGUCUAUUUGGUGUUUCAAAAAAAAACGUCUGUGGACUUCUAUUUCUCAGGUAAGUUUUUGAGUUUCUCAUGCAACAAUCUCUUUUACAAGUUGCCAGAUACAUAUGCAACUUUGGCUUUAAUAACCAAUUUUUUUUUAAUAAGGUUGCGAGUACUUAGACUAGGCAUAUGAGGGAGAUUGCAAGCUUAAUUCUGCAAUGCUGCCUUAUGUCAGGAUGAAUAUUACAAGGCCAGGAGCAUCUAAAAAUGAGUUUAGGAAAAGUCACUAUGUCAAACAAUAAAGCACCUCUCCUAAGCCAAAGUAGUAAAGGGUCAUAGCAGUAGCAACUGUUAACCUCAGUGGAGGUAUUUAGCACCCAGCUGCAGUCUAAAAGACACAUUUUUAUUCAUCUGAGUCUCUUAGUCAUGAAAUAUGAUAUUGAGUGACUAUGCCAGGUUAGUGUUUCCAGGAAACACCAGGAGGGUGAUGUGUUUGGGCAGCAGCAUGGCAUCCACUUCUCAUCUGCAGUGUGCAGCUAGAAUAUCCAGCUGGAUCUCACCCUCCUGACUGUGGAGUUUGCCUCUUAGAAGAAUGCCAUAAUGAUUUAGCUGCAAGAUGUUCUGUGACAGUUUUGUUCCAAAUUCAGAGAUUUUGGAAAAUUCAUUGUUGAAAGCUUAUAAUUCUUAUACAGGGUCUUUGUGUUGAAGGCUCCUGUUUUAGGAGACCACUUCACCCUUAUAUCUGAAAGGUCCUCCACUAUGGAGAAGUCGCACUAGUAAGGUCUUGGCUUUAUCCUUUAGAAACAAAACUGCAUUUCAUGCACCAGCUAGCUCGAGUUCAUUUGUCUCUUCUACCUGUGGCCCUGGGAAGAGAUUUUAUAUGGAAAUUCCACUGAGAAUCUGUUCUGGCUCCUGGGAACUUGCCUUAGUUAACUGUCAGUGAUUUCAGUGAAGCGGUGCCAGCUUUUUAGUCAAAGUGUUUCUCAGGCAACCUUAUUAGGCUGAUGUAUCAUAGCAGUAACUGUUUCACUGUGGGGAUGAUUUUUAUUUAUGAGAGUGACAGUCUUGCAUCUCGAUCUUCUGCUGAGAGUUUAUGUCUCUGCUUUACCUGUGACCACAGAAGAGAUGUUACGAAUUUCUUGAGGAACACUGGUGACUUUGUUCACUCCUUGCUGAAAUGCCAUAGUUGUCAUUUUUCCCCAACAAACAUUUAUACUGAAAUAUUCUGUCCCAACAAAGGGAGCUUUUUCAGACCCAAAGCAAGGAGUGUCUUCUUAGUACUCCAGACAAAUUUUCAAUAUAGGCACAACAUACUUCCGCAGCCAACAGCAAUGCAGAACAGUACUUUUUGUAACUCUUAAUAUUUUUUAACAUGGCAAACAGUUAUCCAGGAUAGUGCCCAAAUUAACAGUGCAGCAAAGGAACUUAAGAUGUAGGUGGUGCUAAAAAUGGUGGGGGUAGCUUUUAGGAGGAUCUUUGGUUUUUCCUCAUACUCUCACAAGUUCUGGCAUACACUUGUAGGCACUGCUAUAUUUGGGAAGAAAAUCAGAGAGAAGAACAAUGGUUUUGAGGCAAGUUUUGAAGUGAUAGUGCUUUCCGUUUUGUAAUAAACUUUGGGAAACUUGUUUUAAUACAAUUUGGAAAUAUUGUACUGUAUUUUUCAAGUAGAUUGCUAAUAAAACAGACUUGAGAAGUCAGAUAUUUAAAUUUACCAAGUCAUCUAUGUUUAUAGGUAUAUACUGCUAUUUUGUACCUAUUUUGUACCCAAGAGAUUAAGGGCCUUCAGUGAAGAGCCUGCUCAUAGACUUAAUAAAAAAAAAUCACAGUAGAAAUAGGUUUUUUUUUAUAUAUAUAUUUUUUUAAUUUAUUUUCAGGUCUCUCCUAGAGAUCCCACACAGGAAUGUUGCUACAUUAAGGCCUGAUCCAAGGUUAAUUUAAAUGAAUGCAAAAGGCCAGCACGGACCUCAGUGGAAAUAGGAUCAGGCACUUAAUGUACUGACACCACUACUUUAGAAAUGUUCCAAGAGCCAAUGCUGCCUGGGGAGCAAGAGGCUCUGACAUCACGGGAAGAGCAGCCUAGUGCCCUGACUGCAGAUGUGGCUUUGGAGGUGGGGAGAAUACUGGGGAGCUCCACAGGUGGUGCAAGGACCAAGUGCUAGUUUGCUUCCUCCAGAUUUGUGUGUUAAAGGUGGGAAAUCAAUGCUUGUCCAGCCCUCUCUGAUUUGCCUCAUGUUUCUGUGGGAACCCAGCUGUUCACAAAAUAGAAAAGUAUGGGGCAGGGGGAAGAUACCGGCAUCCGCAAAGAAAAAAGAUAUGCACGUUUCUGGAGAGAAAAAUAGAGUUUAUAUUUUUGAACUUCCUUUUCCCAAAGCUUAUCUUAAUGUUUCUGCUUUUCGAAGGAGAUGCAUUUCAUUCAAUGUGUCCUAAAUGUGCUGUGUGCAUUGAAGGUUUGUUACACCCCACACACACCCAAUGCACUCCCAGUUUUGUAAGGCUGUGGAGUAACAGCUGUUGCCAUGCAUGACGGUCAUUUGGCCAAAUGUCUUGGCAGUUGUGAAACCCAUAAAAAAAUGACAUACCAUUUCCACAUUAAAUAAAACUCCAUUAGAACCAUAAUAGCUCUGGGAGGGUGGCCAUGCAAAAUCUGAUCAGAGUUACACAGUACUGCACCACUGGUAGCAGAGCACAGAGCAGACGGGCGAUACAUACAGUGCCCAUUCAAUUCACAUUAUAAAUAAACUACCCUUACUUAUGAUCUUAAUACCCAGUGAAUAAAUUGCUUCAUUUCUUUAGCCUUGUAAUAAGCAGUCUCAGAUUGCAAAAUGUCAGUUGUUCUCUUCUUAAGGAGCUUACACUGCACUUUUUUUUCAUGCUAACAAACAUUAAGUAGAUGUACAGAAAGGCUAAGAAGUAAAAAAAAAAUAUUUAAUUUUCAGCUGCCUAAUACAUGAGGGUGGUAGAAUUUGUUACAAACAAAAAGCUAAUCAGGCAAUAGAUGUUUGUGCAUCAAUAAGUGAAAAAUUACUGUUCAGAGAAAAAAAUGUUUGAUCAUUUUUCAGCUUUUUGAAAUGCAUUAGGAAAUGUCAUGUUUAUAAAAGAAGACACAAGAAAAAGAAUACUAAAAUCUGUUGCAAGACAAUGUAAAAAUAAAAUUGAAAAUGGCUCCACUAA